AUAGCGGCAUUAGCUUUGGAAAAAGAGAAAAAUGUCGAAGGCGUCGGGAUCUGAAGAUGAGCCUUUGGUGCCAGACGACUUUGAUGAUGACUUCUACAAGGAGCUGUGUGACAAGAUACCCGAGGCCACAAAAGCCUUGCGGCAAAAGGAUACUCCCAACAAUGCGGACAAUGUCCAAAGAUUACUUAUUUGUGGCAGCCGCUACAAGAGCGAUCUGCGCAUGGAGAAGGAGCGGAGUCAGGAGCUGCGAAAGGAGAUUGAGGGUCUCGAAGAGCGAUUGGAGAACGCGGCUCGUGUGAGCAAAAUGGACAUGGCCACUAUUGAGGAGCUCCGUGGCGUGAUAGAGGGCGCUUGGAGACAAAAGGAUGCUGCCCAAAUCCGCGAGCAGUCUGCCCAAGAUGAAGUUUUGAGUCUUCGGGAAAAGCUGGAUGAAGCCGAGGCGAUGAUAGUCCAUCUCAACGAAAAGCGAAUCGCCAUGAGCAAGCGAGAUGAUGGCAAGGAGCGGGAACGCCUCACUGCCGAGAUAAAUGAACUCAAUAAGCGUCUGGUAUUACAAAGGACCUACUGCACCGAAUUGGAUAGAACCAUUGAAGGUUUGGAGGCCAAGAAUAAGGAACUGGUGAAGCUGCUAGAUGAAACCUCCAGCGACGCCUGUAAUCUUAAACGUAAAAGUGAUGCCUUAACCAAGGAACUCUCUACAAUGAAAUCGGAGGAAUCCCGGUACCAGGAGCAAAUCUCCCAAAUGAAGUCCGCCAACGAGCACUUGACCAAAGUAAAGGUGCGACAGAACCUACAGAUCCUGUCGCUUAAAACGAAUCUGGAGCACUUGAACACCCAGCACAAUGCCACGAACAACAAGCUGGCGAAGAUUACCGUAGAUCUGGAAUACACGGUGCAGGAGAGAGAUAAGAACAAAAGAGCCCUGAACCAGAGAAUCAAUUUGCUGAAGGUUCGAGAGGAUGAGUUGAUCAAAGUGCGUCAGGACAAUGGCAAGCUGGCCAAGUCCCAGGAGACUAUUGCCCGGAAAUAUGCAGGUCUGGAUGAAGCCAAAAGAGAGGUCGAGCAGGAAAACAUAAGACUAAAAACCCAACUGGGCACCCAGGACAAGGAGCUGGAAUCUAUGCGAAGAGUAGUCCACCACUUCGAGAAGAACAACGAGAACUUAACCAAGGAGAGGGACUGUUUGAGGCGAGACCUCCAGACCACGCACCAACACCUGGAUCACAGCAGUGCCCAACAUCAGGAGUCGCAGCAUGAGGUUCGAGCCCUAAAGGACACCAUCAGCAGCAUGGACAUUAAGCUGAAGAAGCUCAAUGAGGAUGCCACCAAACUAAAGAAGGAGAAGACCAAAAAAAUGGACGAGAUACAGCACUGGAUAGACAAGCUGGAUGCCUUGCAAAACGAAUUGCAUUUGAAGGAAAACUACGAAAUCGAACUGAAGCGCACCAUCAGCGACUUGGAGACCAAGUGCUCAAAGUUCCAGCAGCAAUAUGACGUCCUGGCCAACGAGAGGCACACCCUCCAAAGGAACGUCCAGGCGGCGGAUGAGGAGCGACAGAAGCUGCGCGAUCAGUUGGUCAACCUUCAGGCGGUUGUGGAGAAACUCAAAGGCAAGGUUGGCUACCGGGAUGCGGAACUGUCCAAACUGCAGCUCCAAAUAGACCGCAUGGAAAAGGAACGGCGUCUGAUGCGGAACGACAUCCGCCACGCCCAGCUAGGCCAACAACACACAAAGGCGGAGCUGCUGGACAAGCGCAAGGAGAACGACCGACAUGCCAAGUCUCUCCAGGAGGAUGAACAAAAACUGACUCGGCUACGCAAAGAUGUGGACAACCUGAUGAACGAGAAGAACGCCAUCAGCGCGGCACUCACCAAGCGGAACGAGGAGUAUGAGCAGUUGAAGCAUAAUCUGGCGAACCUUCAAACCGUCUAUGACCAAACCCAGAGGCAGUGCAGCCAGAGCCAGGAUGACAUACGCCUGAUGGGCAUUGAAAUUAAGAACCUGCGCACGGAGAGAGAUGUGUUGAGGACGGAUCGGGAGAGUGCGGCAGACCUACGGCAAGAGCUUCUCCAGAUGCACCGAAUGCUCAACCAGGAGCGGAUCAAGGCUCGCGCACUGCAGGACGAGAUGGUGACCCCAAUGAAUGUGCACCGCUGGCGCCUGCUCAGCGGAAAGGAUCCCGAAAAGAUGGACCUGCUAGGGCGCAUCGCCAUUCUGCGCAAACAGUUGCUGCAACAAAAUGUGGCAGCUUUGGAGCAGGAGCGGGCUUUGAACGAAGCUCAGCAGUUGUACGCCGCCCUUCGGGAGUUUAUGCUAAAGUUGCCCAGUCACAAAGUUCGGGCGGAGCUAAAUAGUGUCAAGGCCACGUUGUCCGCCAAGGAUCGCAAGCUAAAGAUCCUGAAAGCAGAGCUGAGUGCCAGAGAGGCGGAUGAAAAAUCGAAGAAGCAGAAACUGGAGGAGAUGCGGGUUAAUCUGGCCAUGACCAAGACCCAGCUACUGGAGGAGAAGAAACACAAGCAGAAGCUCAUCGAGGAGCGCCAGUUGCUGGACCAGAUGCACUGCUACUCAGCACCGGCACAGCUCCCAAGAACUCUGGGCGCUGGGUUCAAAAUGGUUGGCAAUUUACUUUGA